AUGUCGGAUCCAACAGGUUCCAGGUGUCGGAAAUAUCUGGAUCCUGUUGUCGGAAUCCUGGAUAUUCCGACGGCAGGAUGUAAGCGGAAACUGAAGGAUGUGCACGGAAUCCCGCCGUCGGAAUCCUAUCAGAUCUGACUUUCGGAUGUUGACGUACCCAGGGCGAAAUCACCCCAUAGGAUCCUGUCAUUUCCGCCAGCUGGAACCUAUCGGAUCCGA